ACAACAACAGCAACAACAACAACAGCAAACAAAAGCACCACCUCCUCGUCGACAUUUCCUUCAUGUGCUGGCGCGCCGUUGGCAACUACACCUGUGGACGGCACCCGAUCAAGACAUACUCUUAUUGUAAGAGCGUGUCGCAUUUUGGUGCGUGCGUCCAAGGUGAUCCGCGGUUGUGGGAGCAACAGCCCUGUGAGAAGGUGACUGACGUCGCUCCGCAAAAGAUGCUGAUUCCCUGCGUCAAACCCGAGUGCCUGGCCCUGUCGGCAGGUUUGCAGCUCGUCAGACCUGUCGGAGACCCAGAAGUCACUGGCAAGGAUGGCGGCGACUAUGCUCCGAAAAGCCCAAUGGCAGGCGAGGAUGCAGCAGCUACGAGAGAGGACGCGGGAGCUACGGGCGAUGACGCGCCUUCGCCCGGCACCGGUGACGGAAGCUUCGGGGCGCUGUGGAUCAAGGGCGCCGACGAAGACCUGCAUCAUGUGUGCCGCUGCUAUAGGAAUGGCUGCGGCUGCACCAAGUACGACGAUGACAUGGGGAGUCCCGCAAGCCUGCGCUGUGACGACUGCCGCGAAAUGAAGGGCAAGUGUCUUGUCAGGAAUGCGGCCCUUGACCAUGUGCUCGCAAAGAUGUCCACCUAAGAACAUGUGGACAGUGUCGUUGUUUACACGACCACUAUUGUACAUUAAAUAAAUUUUUGCAUGAUUUCCAUGCCAGUUUUGUUCUCUGAAUGUGGGAUGGGGGAUCCUGACGUGUACAGCAACCGAACGUAUCAUUUGUUUUCCGUCAAAAAUUUCUUUCCGCCAUGACCCAUUCCAAAUAUUUGUACCGCCCGUCCCAUUCGACUUGGUCUUGUGACUCCAUUUUAUUCAAAAGCCUCCUUGAUUGGCUUGAUGGCCUCCAACGUGCUCCUCCCAUCGGCAUCCUUGGCUAGGAAGCUCUCGACGGUGUCUCUGAUGCUGUCCUCGAGCGAGAUCCACCCACUGCCGUCGCCGACCUGCUUGAUCAGCUCCUCGGCGUCGUCGGUCGGCACGUCAAAGGCGUCCCAGCCGGCUUCGGGCAGGGCGGGCCACUCUGUGCGUUGCGGGUAGAGCGCCUUCCUUGAUGAUGUCGAGCACGCGCGGCCAGCUGUAGCGCUUGGCGAAGCCGUAGACGCGGCGGCCGUCGAGGCCCGGCAGGGCCAGGCACGCGACGUACAGCCUGCCCACGUCGCGGGCGUCGACGAACCACCACUGCGGCGCCAUGUGGACGUGCGCGUCGAGCCCGCGGCCCUUCCCACAGCCACCGCACGAGCCCGACGGUGCUGGCGCCCUGCCGCGCCGGGUCCAUGACGGGGUCGAAGGCGGUGUCGGGCAGCACGACGUUGAAGCUGUAGCCCGGCCUUGCGGAACGCACCCACUCCCACACCUUGCGCUCGUACCCGACCUUCAUGGCCAUGACGCCGCACAGUCCGCGCGGCCGGCUCGACUGCUCCUCCUCCUCCUCCUCGGCGGCGGCGGCGGCGGCGGCGGCGAGGGAUACG